AUGGUUGACUCCUUCGAGAAACGAACUGAAUCCCACUCUUCUGACCCCGAGAAAAUUCUCGAUUCCAAAGAUCCGCUCGCUGCAGCUGGAUUUGAGGACCCCGAUGCAGGAUUGAGUGACGAGGAAAAGGCAGAAAUUGAUCGCAAGCUACUAUGGCAACUCGAUCUCCGUCUCGUGCCAUGGCUCAGUCUACUUUAUCUCGUUUCGUUCCUUGAUCGGACGAACAUCGGCAACGCAAAGAUCGUCGGUCUUCAAAAGGACCUGAACAUGACCAAUGCCCAAUACAAUGCAUGCCUGACUAUAUUCUUCGUCUCGUACUCGGUCUUCGAGCCCGCGACUAAUAUCCUGCUCAAGCGGUUGCGGCCGAGCGUCUUUAUCCCACUUAUUAUGAUGGCAUGGGGAAUUUGCAUGACCUGCAUGGGCUUCGUAAAAAACUACCACGGACUAAUGGCCGUCCGCUGGUUCCUAGGCCUAACCGAAGCCGGUCUAUUCCCCGGCGUGGGCUAUUUCCUCUCAUGCUGGUACAAGCGCUCAGAAUUCGGCGUGCGAAUGGCGAUUUUCUUCUCCGCGGCCGCGCUCGCGGGUUCCUUCGGUGGACUGCUCGCAGCAGCGAUUGCGAAGAUGGACGGUAUCGGCAAUAUGGAGGGCUGGGCAUGGAUUUUCAUUCUGGAAGGUCUUCUCACAUUUCUCAUUGGUGUCGCGUCGUUUUGGUGUGUUUAUGACUUCCCCGACCAGGCGCGGUUCUUGUCGGAUAUCGAUCGCAAGCGCGUUCUUAGACGACUCGCUAUGGAUCAGCAGUCUAGUGCUGAGCAUGAGGAGUUUAAGAUGGAGUAUUUCUGGUCAAGUUUGAAGGAUUGGAAGACUUAUACUGGGGCUGUGAUUUAUAUGGGAGCUUGCUACAGCUCGAUUCGUGCUCAGUUGCUGAGCGUACCGCCAUAUGCCGCUGCCGCCGUCUUGACGGUGGUGGUUGGAUUCAUUGCAGACCGUACAAGACAGCGUGGUCUAUGCAAUAUUGCCGUCUCCUUCCUCGGUAUGGUAGGAUUCGCUAUGCUACUAGGCUGUAAGUCUGCCGGCGCCCGCUACGCGGGAUGUUUCCUCGGGGCCAUGGGCAUCUACCCAGCCAUUUCGAACACGAUUUCAUGGACAAGUAACAACACUGAAGGUGUUUACAAACGAGGUGUCUCCCUCGGGUUUAUCAUCGGCUGGGGAAACCUCAAUGGCAUCGUCGCAUCCAACAUCUACCGCGAUGAUGAUAAGCCAAAAUACUAUCCGGGCCACGGAGUAGUGCUCGGCUACCUGGUCUUGUUCCUCUUUGGCGGAUCCGUGGUGCAGUACCUCCUACUGCGACGUGAGAAUGCCAAGCGCAGACGCGGUGAACGCGACCACUGGAUCGAGGGUUUGGAGCAUAGCCAGAUCGAGUUGUUGGGUGACAAAAGACCGGAUUUCAUUUACACGCUGUGA